CGAUCUGCAAAAUUGCUAUUGCACCGUGUAUUUUUUUUUUUUUUAUUAUUAAAUUAGUUAGUUAUGCACGAAUGUGCAAUCGUCGGAUUGUUAUAGUCACUCUGGGUAACAUGGUUGUUGCCCGGUAGCAUAGUAUUCUCAAACGGUUUGUUUCAUUCAGUUUUAGUGUGAUCGACAGGGAAUGGUUUGAAGAGGUAUACAGAUUAGGAAAUUAGUAAAGUAAUAUUAAUACAAAUACUCAAAAUGGAAGUCUUGCGGGAGGAGGAAGCCGCAAUGGGACCGGAGUUUGACCGCCAGACAAAAUUCAAGCCCAGAGGCCGCUUGGACAUGAAACACGGAUUUCUGCACCACAUCCGCAGGAACCAGAUUGCCAGAGAUGACUAUGACAAGGAGGUGAAGCAAGCCAAGGAGAAACAGAGAAAGAGACACACGACCACUGCCACGCCCACCCGGCCGCGGCGCCCAGACAUCCAGGUGUACCACCCCCGGCGCAGGAGUGGUCCAGAGACCUCUCCGGGCCUGGAAAACGAGGAAUGGAACGAGAGCAGCUCGAGCACUGAUCCCGACCAGCAAGGCACGGAGCUGUUCUGCUUGGAGUAUGAAGCUGAUGGCGGGGAGGUCACCUCAUUCAUUGUACACAAGGAGGAUGCCCCUGACAAGGUGGUGGAGAUGGUUGCUGCAAGAAACAGCCUGGACUCUGUGAUGAAGGCAGCUUUGCGGGCUCGAAUCCAGGAGGAGAUGGACAAGCGCAGUGCUAAGCGCUGAGCAGAGCUGGGGGGAGUGAUACUGUUCCCUGAACACUUCUCAACACGGUCCAAGGGCAUGGGAAGAGGGAGAAUAUUUUUCACAUUUUGUUUGGAAUUGAGCCAAACAACAUAAUUCUGGGGUUAAAGGUAACCCUGUUGUAAAAUACAGGCCUGUAAUUGACCUCCAUGAAAAGAAGGUGGCACAUUGUUCAAGACACAAGUUUUUGCAGAACUGCUGGCAGCCAAGAGCCUUCUUAUCUGAGCUGUCAGUCCAGUGCCAGUGCUCCCACAAAGACUUGCAAGUGGCCAAAGUGGCAGACGUAAGUGCAGGGCAGAUGAGGAAGGGAUGGGGGGGGGGUGCAAUAAUUUACACUCCCUGAGUAAGCCAGGGUAUGCCACUGGUCCAGAAGCAAGUACAGACAGAUGAGCCCCACUGUCCACCACAAAUGUUGAGGGACCUAAAAUAGAACUUCAUCCCUGGUUCAGGGGAUUAUUGACUUUGACUGGGCAAGUAGGCAGGUAGGAACUGCAGAAGGAACUGUUCGCAGGAAGGACCCAUCUCUCACCUCAGCUGUCGGAAUUACAGAGCCGCAUUUCUCAAGCAAUAGCACGCCCGCGACUGCACUGCACUCCAAAACUUGGAUGUUUGGUUACUGGUCAAACCCAGGGAUUACAGUUACGAGUGAUACACGCAGCUGUAUCACUCCAGUAUUUAUUAUUUGUAAUAAUAA